CUCUUACAAGCCCUAAUUUCAAAUCUCAAUUUGCUUGUCUAUUAUUUCAUGGCUACAUCAAGACUUAAUGUCUCUUUCCGCUUUCCCGCAAGCAGAAGACUCGACUGCGAGAGCUAUCUCAGUCUGAGAGCUAAGACAGUGACGAUAACAUAUGCCCGAACCAUAGCCGCUCCUCGUCACCAUCUUAUCCGAAGAGCAAACGAAGAUCGGACUUUGGUGGUGAAUGCUGUGGCGGCAGCAGGGGAGAAGCCAAAGAGAAGGUAUCCUGGAGAGCCAAAGGGGUUUGUGGAGGAGAUGAGGUUCGUGGUGAUGAAAAUGCACCCGAAAGAUCAGGUAAAAGAAGGAAAAAAUGAGUCCAACGGUCUUGUAUCAACUUGGAAUUUCACAAUCGAAGGGUACUUGAAGUUUCUCAUGGAUAGUAAGCUUGUGUUUGAGACGCUUGAGUGGAUUAUUAACGAAUCUACUCUCCAAGCUUAUGCCGGGCUCAAAAACACAGGGUUGGAAAGGACAGAGAAUUUGAGUAGGGAUUUGGAGUGGUUCAAGGAACAAGGUUACGAGAUUCCAGAGCCAAUGGCUCCUGGUAAAAUAUAUUCUCAGUAUUUAAAGAAUAUAGCAGAGAAGGAUCCUCAAGCAUUCAUCUGUCACUUCUUCAACAUCUACUUUGCACAUAGCGCUGGUGGUCGAAUGAUUGGGACAAAGGUAUCUGAGAAGAUACUCGACAAUAAAGAACUCGAGUUCUACAAAUGGGACGGUCAACUUUCCGAAUUGUUGCAAAACGUGAGUGAAGAAUUGAACAAAGUGGCUGAGUUGUGGACAAGAGAAGAGAAGAAUCAUUGUUUGGCAGAGACAGAGAUAUCGUUCAAGUUUUAUUGGGAGAUUUUUCGUUUCUUAAUGUCAUAACUUGUGAUGAUGAGCAUCCAAUGGUGACAAAAGUGGCGGGAAGGCCAUCAAGAGUAUGAAAACAAAAUCUAAAAUAAUUGGACCAAGUCUCCAUGAACAUGUCUUUACUUUAUGGCAAAAUAAUAAUAGAAAGUCUAUGUGGUU